AUGGAGAGUGUGUCGCUAUCGCUGUCCCCGCCGCUGGGGGCCUGCGCGCCCGUGACGGAGGCACUGCCCGCGCCCGCCGCGCGCUUCCGGCUGCAGUUCACCGGCGACCGGCGCUCCAAGGAGCUGCGCUGGGUGCUCUUCGCCUCCACUCAGCGCGGCGCCGUGGGGAAGCUCAUCUUCACGUUGGAGAAGAACAACACAGCCCACGUCAAGUCUGUGGUGGUGAACAAGGAGUUCCGUGGCCUGGGGCUGGCGCGCGUGCUGUAUCUAGCGACCCUCGCCACGCUGGAGGAGAAGCAGGUUAGGGCGCUCUAUUUGGAGGCUGAGGAGGACGCGAAACGCCACGACCGAUUGGUGGGUCUCUAUCGCGGUUGGGGUUUUGCCGAAAUUGCCGACGCUAAAGUGCUCUUCCUCUACAACGGCAACGAGUGUCUACGUAAAGUGCCGAUGGUGUCGGAGUUCCAGAAAAACACUUUUUUCCCCGUGCGACCGAAAGAAAGCACUUGGUUCUGCAUGAUGGCGUUGCAGACCCCGGACGGCACGUGCCUUGUAGCGGGGGAGGACGGCAACAUUGAAGUGAGCUCAAAGGGAAACAAUGGGUGCAUGUGGCAGACCCUUUUAGGUGCAACAGGGGAGGUUUUCCUGCGCAGUGUGCAUGGCAAAUUUCUGUGCGUGGAGGAGGACGGGACCAUUCUGGCCGACCGACCCUUAAAUUCCACGUGGGAGACGUUCCAAGUUGUGCCGCACCAUGCCGAAAGUGCAGCACAAGUUGCUGGAGGUGUUGCACUUCGCAGUUUCCACGGGAGUUAUCUGUGCAUUGAUCCAUUGGAGAAACAGGUGCAAGUCUCGGACCACCCCGUGCCAUGGGAUGGAGGGGAGAUCAUGUCGUUGGUCUGCAACAAGGCGGACCCGCACCCUCUUUUCGUGAAAAUCAUGAGGAAGUACCAGACCGCUGCGUUCGUAAAGACCCAAGUGACGAAGUAUGGGGAUUUGGGUCAUGCUCGGAUGUCGGUGCCCGAAGCGUGCAAGUGCGUGAUGGAGCUGACGGGAGAUGCGGAGAGGCAGAAUAGCUGGGUGAUCAAGUACAUGCUGGCCACUGCCGCUGCUGUGAAGGACGACGGACACCCGGACUGGCUGCAACUCGCAGUGUUCCUGCGAGCGUUGGGCAUGCUCUUCUUGUGCUGGACGGACGACGACAACGCCGUGUUGCGCAGUAUUUCGGCGCAGGAGUGGAUGACCAAGAACUCGACGUGGGUCGUUGGCGAACCUAUUCCCAGCUCGAUCGAGUUCCCCGAGCUGAACGAGCUGAAUUUGGACCACUCCAAUGCUGAGAAAGGUGGUGGUGGUGCGGCGGGCCACUGCGGACUGGAGAACGUGGUGCUGCCCUGGACCCCGGACGAGUAUCUGCACCGCGUGCUGUCUCGUAACAAGACGGCGCUGCCUGCAGAAGCGCUGGACGUCGUGCGCUUCUGGUCCUUCAAGACCUGGUACGAGCAGGACAACUACGAUGAUCUGUGUGCGCCUCAGGACAUGGACACCAAGGAGUGGAUCAGCUCGCUCGGCAGAGCGGCGUGUGUGUCAGACGAUGCCGUGCAGAAGAUCAGCGUUGAGGGCGAGCUUCCGUACUACCUUGGGCUCGUGGAGAAGUAUCUCCCGGAAGCGCUGCGGUGGUGA